AUGCCAUUGACAAUUUAUAUAAUUGUUAGUGCUGUCAGUGCAGCAUUUUUAUUUGGUUCAGGAACUUUACUUUAUAUCUUUCAAACUGAACUGCUUUAUCCAAUUGGAUAUCGUAAAAAAUCUAGACAAUUACCUACACAAGAAGGAAUUCCAUUCACAGAAGAAACAUUAAUUACCAAGGAUAAUUUCAAAAUUAAGGCUUAUUUUUGCAAACGCUCUACUGAUGAAGAGGCUUCUCAAAGACCAACGAUUUUAGCCUUGCCUGGAAACCGUGGAAAUAUAGUUCAAUAUGGACAUAGUGAAGGUAGCCCAACUGAAAAAGGUAUCAAAAUUGAUGUUCAGACCUGUUUAGAUUACAUUAAAAAAAACAGUGCAUUAAAGGACACAAAACUUAUCAUAUAUGGAAGAUCUUUGGGAGGAGCUGUGGCAAUUGAUUUGGUGUCAAAAAAUGAAGAAAAGGUUGAUGCCAUGAUAGUGGAAAAUACAUUUCUUAGCAUUCCAAAACUUCUUCCAACAUUUUUUUCACCACUUCGCUAUUUUACAUUUUUCUGUUCUCAAAUCUGGCCAUCUGAAAAAUCAAUAUGUAAUAUUCACAGGAUUCCAAUUUUAUUCUUAUCAAGUGAUAAAGAUAAAUUAGUACCAAAAGAACAUAUGAAAGAAUUAUAUAAUUUGACAAAUACUCAAAGAGGUAAAAUCUGGAAAAAUUUUCCAAAUGGACAUCAUGCAAAUACUAUUAAUCAACCAGGAUAUUUUGAGACUAUUGAAAAAUUAUUGAAAUGUGUUGUGAAUAAUGAAGAAAUAGAGUUUAUUGAAGACCAAAAUUUAAGUCAGUAA